AUGACUAUUCGACUUUUUGCUGCGUGUCUAUGUCUCCCUCGUCUGUCCUCAGCUCCUCUGUCGCUCUCUAUCUUCCGCUGUGUCUUUGUCUCCUCUGUCACUCCUCGUCUAUCUUCCGCUGUGUCUCUGUCUGUGUCUCAAUCUUCGGUUUAUGAGAGAAGAUUAGAAAUUAAUGAUCAAGCAGGGAUUGGGGUGUCUAGGAACUUUCAUUCAAUGGUUGUUGAAGCAGGGGGAUACGAGUCAUUGACAUUUGACGAGCGAGAUGCAAGAAAUUAUAUUGAGAGAGCUAGAAGAUUGAGGCUUAGGGAAGGUGAUGCCGAAUCACUUCAAAGUAAUUUUAUAAGGAUGCAAGCACAUAGUGGGAGAAACUUGUUUUGGGCUGAUGCUAGGAGUCGGGCGACUUAUGAAGCAUUUGGAGAUGUCGUUUCAUUUGACACAACUUAUUUGACAAACAAAUAUGACAUGCCAUUUGCUCCAUUUGUCGGAGUUAAUCACCAUGGUCAGUCCAUUUUGCUUGGUUGUGGAUUGUUGUCUAGUGAAGACACUAACACAUUUGUUUGGCUAUUCAAGUCAUGGUUAAGUUGCAUGUCAAAUCAUCCGCCAAAAGCUAUCAUAACUGAUCAGUGUAGAGCUAUGCAAAAUGCUAUAAAAAUUGUGUUUCCACAAGCUCGACAUCAGUGGUGCUUAUGGCAUAUCAUGAAGAAAAUUCCAGAGAAGUUGAAAGGAUAUGCUCAAUAUGAAGCCAUAAAGUUGGCUAUGCAAAAUGCAGUUUAUGACUGUUUGACAAGAGCUGAAUUUGAGAGUAAAUGGGAAGAGAUGCUUGCAACAUUCAAUCUUUAUGAUAAUGAGUGGUUGGGGGUACUAUAUGAUGAGCGAAAUCGAUGGGUACCUGUCUAUGUUAAAGACAUUUUUUGGGCUGGCAUGUCAACUACACAACGAAGUGAAAGUAUGAAUGCGUUUUUUGAUGGAUAUGUAAAUCCAAAAACUACAUUGAAGCAAUUCGUUGAACAAUAUGACAAUGCCUUGAGAAAUAAGGUAGAGAAAGAGAAGAAAGCAGACUUCAAGUCUCGACACAAAUUGUUUGUGGAUGAGGGGCAAGAGUCCUAG